UUGAGGACACUGGGGGGACACGGGGAUGGGGGACCUGAGAUACUUCAUCGACGGGGCCGACCAGGGCGUGACCUGCUCGGGGCUGCCACCAGAGGUCUAUGCGGUGGUGGAUCUCUAUGGUCAGUGUGUCCAGGUGUCCCUCACCGGUGCCACCGGCCCCGCUGACAACAGCCUGGCCCCCGGAGCCCCCCCGGAGAAGGCCUGUCCACCCCCCUCCCCAGCCCCCGGUCCGUGCCAGCGUUUCCACGGGCGCUGCGGGCAGAACGUGGCUCUGGGGGCCGAGGGCCUGGGGGCGGCUCGAGUGGCCGGGUACUGCCACGGCCUCGUCUUCUCCCGCUCCCACCUGCGCCCGGGAGAGCUCUUCGAGGUCCGUAUCGAGGCGCUGGACGAGCGCUGGGCGGGGUCCGUCCGUCUGGGUCUGACGGCUCUGCCCCCCGGGCAGGGCCCCCCCGGGCCCCCCGCGCUGCCCCCCACCCUGCUGGACCUGCCCGCGCCCCCCACAUGGGUGGUGUCGGGGGCAGAGGUCCGGCACAAUGGGACCCCCACCCGACACAACUACGGGGUGUCCCUGGACAGGCUGGCGGUCGGGAACCGCCUGGGAAUGGUUUAG